UACAUAUAAAUAUUCGUUAGAAGGAUAAAACAUUUGUUACAAGAGUAUGUUCCGAAACACGUCAGUCAACAAAUGAAUUACGUAUUUAAAUGAUAUAUCUAUAUCACACAAACGCCGGCUUUUAGGUUAAAAUAUUAUUAUUUAUUUAUUAUAUAGUGAUGUUACGUUUAAAACAAAUCAUUUUACAUUGCAUAUGCAUUUAUAAUACACUUAUUAAUUUUGAAUGAACAGAAGAAGAUAUUUAAAUAGAAAUGUUAAUUUUCAAUGUAUGGUUAACUUUCGGCCUUAUAUCUUUUGUAAAUGGGUUACGUGAGUACGAAAAGAAAGAUUUAAUUGCUCUGAGAGAAGAAGUGCGAUCUAUGUUUGAUCAUGCAUAUUCAAGCUAUUUAACAUAUGCUUAUCCUUAUGACGAAUUGCGAUCGUUAAGUUGCGAUGGAUUCGAUACAUGGGGUAGUUUCUCAUUAACGCUCAUUGACGCUUUGGAUACUCUCGCUGUAAUGGGCAACUUUUCUGAAUUUCGACGUGUAGCAGAAAUUAUAAGCGCCAGAGCAAGCUUUGAGGCAAACAUUAAUGUAUCUGUAUUUGAAACUAAUAUACGAGUAGUUGGAGGAUUACUUAGUGCUCAUCUUCUAUCACGUAAAGCAGGCGUUAAUCUAGAACCAGGAUGGCCUUGUAAUGGUCCAUUACUACGCCUUGCAGAAGAUAUGGCAAAACGUUUGAUUGCAGCUUUUGAUACUCCAACAGGGAUGCCAUAUGGUACAGUUAACUUAAAGUAUGGAGUUCCAGAAGGUGAAACAAGCAUUACAUGUACAGCCGGUAUAGGUACAUUUUUAUUAGAAUUUGGAACCUUAUCGAGAUUAACUGGAGAUCCAUUAUACGAAGAAGUAGCUAUGAAUGCUAUUAAAGCAUUACAUUAUUAUAAAUCAAAUAUUGGGUUAGUAGGCAAUCAUGUAGAUGUAUUGACAGGUCAUUGGACAGCUCAGGAUUCUGGAAUUGGUGCUGGAGUUGAUUCUUACUUUGAGUAUUUAGCAAAGGGUACUUUGUUAUUCCAAGAUCCAUUAUUAGCAACAAUCUUUCAUGAACAUAAAGCUGCGAUUGAAAAGUAUAUCCGUAGAGAAGAUUGGCAUUUAUGGGUUUCUAUGACUAAAGGUCAAGUGACUUUGCCAGUGUUUCAGUCUUUGGAUGCUUAUUGGCCUGGAGUGUUAAGUCUGUUUGGUGAAAUUGGAGAUGCUAUGAAAUCAUUGCACAAUUAUCACCGUGUAUGGAAACAAUUUGGAUUUACACCAGAGUUUUAUAAUAUACCGCAAGCUGAAGCAGGCACAAAUAGAGAAGGGUAUCCAUUAAGACCAGAACUCAUAGAAUCUGUUAUGUAUUUAUACAGAGCAACAGGCGAUCCUUAUUUAAUACAAGUAGGGAUAGAUAUAUUGAGAAGUUUACAACACAGUGCUAAAACUACAUGUGGAUAUGCAACAAUUAAUGAUGUUAGGGACCAUAGAAAAGCAGAUAGGAUGGAGUCCUUUUUUCUGGCAGAGACAACUAAAUAUCUCUAUCUUCUCUUUGACCCUGAUAAUUUUAUUCAUAAUUCUGGCCAAACAGGAGACAUUAUUGAAACUCAAUGGGGUCAGUGUAUUGUAGAUGCUGGAGGGUAUAUUUUUAAUACAGAGGCACACCCUAUAGAUCCUGGAGCAUUGUAUUGUUGUCACAGGAGUCACAAUUUAUUUCCUAACCAAAAAGCAAAAUUAUGGAAAUUCAUUCCUAUGAAUGAUCAGAAUGAGGAAAAAAAUGCAAAACACAAUGUACUAUUUCAAGGAGAUACUAGAACUAAAAACGACGAUAAACAGCCAAUUGAAAUUGUAAAAUUAUCUGAAAUGAGGCACACUUUAAUAAAUGAUGUAGAAAAUAAUCUUAAUAAAAAUUCUGUCAAUUCUAUGCUUCCAACAAGUAAUGAAAAUGAUGAAACUGUAAUAAUAAAGGAAGAAGAUAAAUUAAGUAGAAAUAAUCAAAAUCCUGAAUCUUUGAAAGUACAAGUUGUUGCACCUCCUUCAGUAAUUUAUAAAGCCGAUGAUAGUGAAAAUAUUGAUGCCUAUGAAACAUAUGAUACCCCGGAUGGACUUUAUUCUAAUUCUGCCAUAAGAAACAGUACAGAAUCAUUUAUUAAACAAAAUAAUAUAAAAGCACGAUUUGAACCACAAAUAUUGUUAGAAAAUAUUAGGAAAGGAAAUCUGUAUCCUACAAAUGAUUCUGCAAGAUUGAAUUAUCAACUUUUAUCUUGCCAAUCUCAAUCAUUCCUACAACGUAUAUCAAUUAUAGGCGAAUUUUUUUAAUGUUAUUAAUAAUAUUGUUAUAUAUUACAAAUAUACUUACUAUUCUCAAU